GUUGAUUUCACAAUUGACAGUCUUGUUUAUGGCGUCAGUAGUCACCUGAGGCUCUUGUCAUGAGCUGCCAAGGCCAUGGAAGCCUUUUGAGUUUGCCAACUCCGAUCUUAUUUAGACAAGGCCAAAGUCAAAGUGGAAGUUCUCUCCUCCGUUCAGAGAAAGGUACCUCCUUCUUUAUUGGUCCGUUCUUUCCACUGGGAUCUCACUCACAGAGAUCUUUCAUUUAGGUCAUUUUUCUUUCUUUCUUCCUUUCCUUUCCUUUCCUUUCCUUUCCUUUCCUUUCCUUUCCUUUCCUUUCCUUUCCUUUCCUUUCCUUUUUUUCUGCCACAGUGUCUUGGCUUUCCAUGCCUGUGAAACUCUCAUGUGUUUUUUAGCCAGAUCCGAAUGCCUUAAGGGCUGAAUCUGAGGCCAGAGUGCUGUUUAGGACAUCUGCCAUUCUAUGGGUCUGAUGUGUAUCCUGCUUUUUAAUUCUAUCAGUUAGUAUUAGCAGACACUAGUCUUGUUUAUGUGAUCCCUUUGACACUUAAUCCUAUCAUUAUGAUCAAUUAUGAACUGAAACUGAUCACUUUGACUAGUGAGAUUGCAUUGGUAUAUGCCACCUUGAUGGAAUUGUAUUGGAAUCCCCUUGCAUGUUUCUAACUCUACCAUUAAGGGUAAGUCCAACUGAUAAUUUUCUGUACUGCAAAAGAAACAGUCAGGAAAGUGAAAAGGCAACUGACAGAAUGGGAAAAAUAUUUGCAAACUAUACAACAGAUAAAGGAUCAAUAACCAGAAUCUACAAAGAGAUCAAAAAACUCCACAACAACAAAACAAACAACCCACUUAGGAGAUGGGCCAAGGACCUCAAUAGACAUUUUUCAAAAGAGGAAAUUCAAAUGGCCAACAGACACAUGAAAAAAUGUUCAGGAUCACUAGCCAUCAGGGAAAUACAAGUCAAAACCACAAUGAGGUCUUAACUCACCCCAGUGAGAAUGGCUCAAAUACAGAAAUCUACCAACAACAGAUGCUGGCGAGGAUGUGGGGAAAAAGGGACACUAACCCACUGUUGGUGGGAAUGCAAACUGGUAAAGCCACUAUGGAAGUCAGUUUUGAGAUUCCUCAGAAACCUGAAUACAACCCUAACAUACAACCCAGCCAUCUCACUCCUUGGAAUUUACCCAAAGGAAAUUAAAUUGGCAAAUAAAAGAGUUGUCUGCACCUCAAUAUUUAUUGCAGCGCAGCUCACAAUAGUUAAGAUAUGGAAUCAACCUAAAUGCCUAUCAACAGAAGACUGGAUAAAGAAAUUAUGGGAUAUGUACUCUAUAGAAUACUAUACAGCAGUAAAAAAACAAUGAAAUCCAGUCAUUUGCAACAAAAUGGAGGAAUCUGGAAAACAUCAUGCUGAGUGAAAUAAGUCAGUCCCAAAGGGACAAAUAUCAUAUGUCCUCCCUGAUUGGUGACAACUGAGCAUCAAAAAGGAAACCUGUUGAAGUGAAAUGGAUUCUAUGAGAAACAAUGACUUGAUCAGCCCUUGUCCUGACUGUCGAGGAACAACUUACUAUUUUAUUCCUUUUAGUAUUUUUUUGUUCUACUUAAUACCAUUGGUUGAGUUCUUUAAUUAACACACAAUUAUUCUUAGGUGUUUAAAUUUAACUGAAAAGUGAUCCCUGUUAAAUAUAAGAGUGGGAAUAAGAGAGGGAGGAGAUGUACAGUUUGGCAUCUGCUCAAUUGGACUUACCCCUAAUCGUAGAGUUAGAAUCAUGCCAGGGGAUUCCAAUUCAGUCCCAUCAAGGAUCACUUUCAGUGCUAAUAACAAGCUUGGGAUUGAAGUAGACAGGCAUACAGGUUAAAAUUGAUUAGGUUUGUGAGGGAAGACCAUGCCUUCACCACACCCCUGUGUGUGAUCUCAUGACCCUACCUGGCCACACCUGAGUGCCCAUCUGCCAAUCAGAUUAAUUAACCACUGCCCUUUGAAAGUUUAUUAAAAGCUUGGGACAAGGUGUGUCAGGCCCUUUCCUCCCUUUUCCUGGCCCUGGCCUCUUGUUAGUAGGGGGCUGGCUGUAGCCCUGUGCCAACUCGCCCUAUGCUUCCUGGUCUGGAUGCUCCUCCACGUGGCUGUUUCCUGGUACUCAGUAUGAACCCAGAUUUACCUCUUUUUUAGACAGGCCGUCACAAUCCUAUGCAUCUAUCACACUGAAUAAAAGCUUAAAAUGUACCAUGUUGCCUCGUUCAUUUAUGCUGGUAUUCAGAAUUGUUCUCUGAAUGUUAGGCAAGAACCCACAUGGGCUUAUUAAUGUGGGGAACUUAUUAAUAAGCAUAUGGUGAUAUCGUAUGGCACCCCAAAUUUCGAUAAUAUAUAUUUUAGAGGGCCAAAUUCUGAUAUCAGGAUGGUACUAAUCAGACCAUAAAAGUGGACAUUUCUUUGAAUUAUUGAAAAGGUAGAGUGGUGAGAGAGAGAGAAAGAAAAAGGGAGGGAGAAAGAUCUUCCAUCUGCUGUAGAGAAAGCUGCCUAAGUGUCUCUCAGGCAGCAAACUUCUCUGGAAUUAGAGGCAAGGCUGCAGUUUCUAUCUCCUGCCAAAACAGGCCAGGGAAAGGCAAACCCGCCUCCAAAGCAAUGUGGCAGUGGAGGUAGCAGGGGGCUAAUGGGCCUUCAUUGGUACCUGGGGUGUUUUUUGUAAAAGUGUGAGAGCUUUUGAAUGGACCUGUCUUUGAAGAUUUAUACCACCAUUCUGUUUUUGAUUAGGGACCACAAGACUGGAUUCUUUUCCCAUCAUAGAGUUGAUGUAUAACCUUGCCUAAGUGGCUGCUGGCUUGAGGAAUUGUUGGUACUCUCUAAUAAAAAGUGCCAGCAGAGAGCUCUCUGGUGGUGCAUUCUUAGAAUGGAAGCUCCUGUGUCCUGUCUCUUCAUCUGAAAAACCCAGCAAUACCUGCAAAGGUUGAGGGUGGACCAAGAGCAAGGGCCAAGAGCAAAUAACUCCAUCCAGGUUUCUCAUGUAAUUGGCAGAGACCCAAGUACUGAAGACAUCAUCUGCUGCCUUUCAAGCUGGAGCUGGACCAGGCCAAAGCUAGGAGCCAGAAAUUCCACGUGUACCACCCAUGUGAGUGACGGGAACCCAAGUACCUGAGCCAUCAUCAGCUGCUGCCCGGGGUAUUUUAAAGAAAGAGAUAUCUAGUGGUGACACUAAUAAGGAGUCUCAUGUGGUACAUCUACAGAAAUAAGAAAAUAGUUAAUACCAGCCAUGUAUUUUUCUACAAGAUAAAAUUCUCGAGUUCUGUCCAUGUUUUCAAAAACAACAAAAUGAAUACAUCUCCAGUAAUUUAUCCAGGUAUUCCAUCUGGUCCCCUGUUCAUCCCACUCUGCAGUUCUCCUUGGCUGAUUGGGCCCUCUGGUUUGAUGCAUUCUAAGUACUGGCACAAAUACAACGUGCAGCGUGAGAUGAAGUUGAUUCAAAAGGUAUUGUUGUCAUUUGAGGAUGUGGCUGUGUACUUCACCUGGGAGGAGUGGCAGAAACUGGAUAAUACUCAGAGGACCCUGUACAGGGAUGUGAUGCUGGAGAUCUAUAGCAACCUGCUGUCUUUGGGGUACUACCUUACCAAACCUGAGGUGAUCUCUAAGUUGGAGCAAGGAGCUGAGCCAUGGAACACAGAAGAAUCCCCAAACCAGAGCCUCCCAGUUGUCCAAAGAAUGGAUGACCUGCCUGGAUUGAGGAAGCAAAGUCAAGACAGACAUUUGUGGCAAGGUGUAGUCACAAACAGCAAUUCAGCAAUGAAGGAGGGAUUUGAAUUAAGAAAAAUAUUUAAUUUAAGCUCAAAUCAUAUUUCAAAACCUACGAAGUACAGAAAAUAUUCAGGAAUGAGGUCUGAGGCAUUAAAGGUGUAUCAGAAGGUGCUUUUCCCUGGCAAGCCUGAUGAGCUGCAUAUUUCAGAGAAACCUGAAGCCCAAGAUUUAACUGAGAAAUCUUUACUCAGAUGCUGUGAGAACCUCAGUCAGCAUCACAAGGAUCAAACUUUGCAGCAGUCUUUGGAAUAUAAUGGGCAGUGGAAAGCCUUCAGCAGGGACGCACUGUUUCCACAAAAGAGGGCACAUAUGAGAGAGACCCCAUGUAAACAUAAAUAUGGGAAAGCCUGUGACAAGUCAUCUCUCAUUGUUGGAGAAACAGCUCAGAUAGCAAAGAACCUUCUCAGCAGAAAUUCUAACCUUGCUAGCCAUCAGCAAAUGUGCAUAGGUGAGAAGCCGUAUGAAUGUAAAGGAUGCCAGAAAACUUUCUCCUGUAAGUCAUACCUCAUUCAACAUCAGAAUUCUCACACAGGUGAGAAAGCAUUUGAAUGUAAAAGAUGUACAAAAUCCUACUACUACAAGUGUCAACUUGCUCUGCACCAGAAAAUCCACAUGGUAGAAAAACCUUAUGAAUGUAAUGAAUGUGGCAAAGCCUAUUUUCAGAAGGCAGCCCUCAGUGUACACUUGAUAACUCACACAGGAGAACGACCCUUUGAAUGCAGUUUUUGUGGGAAUACCUUCUCCAGGCAGUCAAGCCUGAGGAAACAUGAAAAACUUCAUACAGGGGAAAAACCUCAUACAUGUGGAAAGACUUUGUGCAUGAAUGGAGACCUCACAACGCAGCAGAGAACUCUCACAAGAGAACAUCCUUAUAAAUGUAAUGAAUGUGGAAAAGCUUUCUCCAAGAAGGGGGGCCUCACUUUCCAUCAGAGAACACACACAGGGGAACAGCCUUACAAAUGUGAUGGAUGUGGGAAAACCUUCUCCAGAAAGGGAGACCUCAGUUUACAUAAGAGAACUCACACAGGGGAAAAAGCUUAUGUGUGUAGUUCCUGUAAAAAGCCCUUUUACCGGAAGUCCCACCUCAUAAUACAUCAGCGAACUCACUACAGGGGAAAGACCUUAUGCAUGUAGCACGUGUGGAUUAGCCUUUUACCGGAAGACAGACCUCAUUAAGCAUCAAAGAGUCCAAAAGGGGAGAAAUCAUUAUGAAUGUAAUGAAUGUGGCAAAGUCUUUUGCAAGAGAAUACAUUUCAGGACACAUCAGAGAACUCACGCAGGUGAGAAAACAUAGAAUGGAAAGAAUGGAAGCAUCUUUUGUGGCCAGUCACACCUCAGCAGGCAAUGUAUUGACAGAAGAUGUUGUGGGAAUAUCAUAAAUCAGACAUUGCCAGAUGUCAGUGAAAUAGAGGGGACACCUUGGAAGUGUAGUGUGAAUAAAAACUUGCCAAAAUUGACACAUCUUCAAAUGUAGAGGAAAUGACAGAAGGGAGUAACUAGUCACAGACUGGCUAUGUAGUCUUGAAAUUCCCUCUUUUGGACAGUUUGUGUUCAUAGCCUCCCCUUACUGAGCUCUACUUUCACAUUUCACUUUUGGGAAUAAACAAACCUUCAGUCCACAACA